UUAUUCAGCUCCUUAAGCAUAAGCUCCUGGCAGAGCUCAUAGCCUUUCGCCUGAGCUAAGAUUGUCUAAAAUAGCAAUGGGAAUGUAUGCAACCUAAGGCACAGCGGGGCAGGAGAAUAAUCAACGUCCCCUCUCUCUGGGCUGGAAGUGUGGGGACCAUUUUAUAAAGUUUAAGAAAUGCUAAGUGUAAUGUACUUUCUGCGGAGCUUCUUUAAGACCCCUGAGCCCAACGAAGACUCUAACACUAAAUUAGGUUUCAACGAAGACCAUUGGGAAGAACCAUGCUUGCAAGAGGUGGGAACUUUCGGUCAGGAACAAGAUGAAGAUUAUUUUGAAACUAGGUCAAAUUUCAGUGACUGUCCAUCAGAAUUAAAAAGUGAAGUAUUUGAAAGUAUUUCAGACGCUGAGUCAGUUGCUAGUGAAGCGAAUGGUGAACUAAUCAGGAGAUCUGAUUGCCUUUUCCUGGAAAAAGAAGAACCUUUGUAUUCAUUGAAUAACGAUGACAACUGCCUUUCUUCCAACAUCGUUGAGAGCAGUCAUGAAGAAUGCAGUAAAAAUGCGCCGGCCGAGACUGCUUCUGAAUCAAAUGUUUUACACCACGCUUUAACAUAUGACCAAGAACAUUUGGAUAUAAUUAAUGACAAUGAGGUCACUCAACUAACGGAUUUAUUUAGCCCAGAUUCAAAACAAAUAGGUGUUAGCUCAAAUAUUAUAGAUAUCAGUGGAUCAGAAAGUAACAGAUCCAGUCAUAAGGAUGUAUUUCAAUGCCAGGCAGGAUUACAAUUAACUGGAACAUUAAUAUCUGCCAAACUACAUGGAGAAAUUGCAAAUUCAAAAUCAGAAAACUGCCUUAAUUGUACAGAGUCAGAGAGAUCCAUUGGUACAGGUGUGUCCAGCCAAAGCUUGCCUAAUAUCAGUUUUGACAUUUCUCAUUAUUCUGACGUCUCUAGCAAGCAUGGAAUUGCAAGUGCACUAACACAGAGUAGCCAGCAAACAUGUUUAAAGACUUCAUCUCUAGAGGAAAUUAAUCUCGACUGUUAUUUAAAUUCUGUAUCUCAGGAUGUGGGACUCUUGAUACAUACUGAGACAGAAAAACACAUUUCCAAGGAUAUUGUUCAUUUGCAAGAUUCCUAUCUUUCUUCUCAGCUAUGUGAGGAGGAACAUCUGUUAUCACCUGCAGGACACAAUGAAUUUCAAAGCACUCUGUGUGUUUUAGCUGAUGAUAGAAAAGAAACUAAAGGUUGCAUGCCAGAAAUGGACAUGAAGAAUUCAAAAGAAAAGGUGGGUGGUAUUUUAUCUGAUUCUUUUCAAGACAUAUUUAAAGGUUAUUGGGAAGAGGACAGGCACUCACGAUCCAGUGAAUCUGAAGAAAAACAAAAUAUGACACUAGGCAGUAUUAAAAACAGCAGCCUGUUAAGGAAACAGGUUAGCAGACAAGAGCCAAUGAGUACUGGCCAUUUUGAAGACUUUCAAGCUAUUGGUGACUCCUCAAGUAGCCUACAAGACAGAUCGCCUGUUAUUGUACUAUCUGCCCAUCAGCCAAGAACACAAACAGCAUGGAAGGAAAUUGAGCAGAAUACAUAUAAACAUGAAAAUGGCCAUUCUUCACAUUCAAACAGCGAUGAAAAUUUAAGUGGUAGCAGAGAGUCUUUAAACCAGGACCUAGUUUAUAAAGCAAGAUAUUCAAUGGGAUGUGUGGAACAAGAAGAAGAUGAGCAAAAUGGCCCCACUUUCGUUGAUAUAAACAGGGAAACUCCUCUCUUUCAAAAAGACUCAGAAACAAUAUUUGUUCAAGAACAUACAGAAGCCCAUGGCAGGCACUUGUGGGACAUAUUGUUAGAUAAAGAACAACACAAUCCCUCUCAAAUAAGUAUUCAAACAGCUAAAAUAAAGUCCCUGAAGCAAAAAAGUUAUAAGGAUCCAAACUACCAUAGUAAUGGUAAUAUGGAGGAUUCUAAUCUUGACCAUGGUGACAGUGUCUUCUCUGCACAAAGACGAUAUCUCACAGCCCCACAAGAUUCUGAUGGAGAUGAAAGUGACUUUGAAGUUUCAUCCUCGGAAGAAAAUAGAAAUCAUUGUCUGGCAACAGUUGAGGAGAGCAGAGACGGCAUGUGUUAUUACAGUACUAUAAAGAAAAUAGACACUAUAGACACAGUGGAUGAUAAUGAAAGCAACUGCAGCAGCUCUAACAGUGAAGGCACUGAAGGCAACAUGGGAUACAACUGGAAAAGUGAGAUCAACAAAAUAGAAGACAUUAAAAGUGACGUAAAGGCAUCAGAAAGCCAAAAAGACUCCAAAAUAGCAGAAUUAAAAGAUUCCAGAACAGAAAUAAAAGAGGAGCCUAACAAUAAAAUAAAACGGAUGAAUAUAAAAAAUAGCGACAUUUUUAAAAAAUAUCUGUCGGUUAAAACACCUGUGCCAAAUGGCUCACAACUCGCUGCUAAACCUACAGGGGAAACGUCGGACUUCUCUGAUGAGGAUUCAUAUGAAAGUAGCUUUCUAUACAACAGGAGUAUGAGGAAGGCAUCAGGGUCCGGGAGAAUUGAUCUAGAUAAUUUUACCAGAUUAAGAUGUGGUGUUGCGCCAUCAAAUACCAAUGAUAAGUCAGACAAUGGGCAAAGUCAGGGGUUCUCCAAACCCCCCACAGAAAACUGUGAAACGAAGAGUGAAAGAAACACCGAGAGUAAACGGUUAAAGGAAAGGUUGAUGUGGGCGCAUAAAUCUUUCUCUAGUAUGUUUGAUUUUAAGAAUAAUGAUAAAGAUAGUGCCGCCCAGAGUUCAGAGGGCACCCCUAGAGAGGAGAAGAAAAAGUCUAGGCCACUUCAGUCAUCCUGGAAAACACUCCGAAAUUCCAAAAACAAAGAUAAAGACUCAUUUAAGAGGCUCAGCGUGUUGAAUUUAUCAGCACAUAUUAUAAAUACAAACAUGCCAAGGGGGGCUUCAAAGGAAAAUGGCAAUGAACAUCUACCCCCGAUUCUUGAUCCAAUAAAACAACCCUCCUCUAUGGAAAUAAAGCCUUGUAUGACUACUGAUACAAACACAGAGUCAGAUUUGGAACCUCUGGAAGCCAAGGAAAACCAUAAAAAAUGGAGCCUUGAAAAUGAUGAUUCUUUACAAACUACUUGUGAUGACUCAGCUUUUUUUUCACAAUUUGACUCAAACGAAUCACAUUCGUUAAACAAACAGCCCUCUAUUACAACUUUAUUUAACCCAUUCUCAAAUUCUGAAAUAAAUCCCAUGCCAUGUCGACCAAUGAGUCCAAAGCCUUUUAGCCAAUGGCCCAGCUUUCAGCGUAGGGGCUUGCACAAUUCCAGGAUAAGUGCUACUUCGAUGACCUCUCUAGCAAACAGUUCUACAGUGGAUGGGUGCCCAGAUUCCCCAGAGACAGCAGUAAAAACAUGGGGAGGGUAUUUAACAGACAGAAGUAGUCAGAAGGAUGACAGCAGUGCCAGCAGCCAAUCAAAGCCCAGCCUUAACACUGCUUCUUCUGUAAUGGACAUACUAAGAGAUGAGGAUAGUAGACAACUUGUCCCAUCAUCGAUACUAAAGAUGCAAAGGGAAAGGAAUGCUUUGCUUUACAAGAAGAGACCUACAGACCUGACGGCUUCUCAGUACCUGCCUAUCAACACUGAAAGUAGAACACUGACACUGCCCCAGAUGGCUUCCAUGGGACACAAAAGGGAUUCAGAACCAACAAGGCCUAAAGCUUUAUUCAAGAGCCUGAGUUGUGAUAACUUGUGGGUAUAUGAGAGGAACCAAGAGAGGAAACUAGACAAGUCUAUAGAUGCAGGAGAUCUCAUGAGGAACCAGUCAAAAGCUUCUAUGAGUGUCUCUAUUGGGCCUCCAGAAAUAUUCCGAAGUUUCCCAAUGAAGGUGCACUCGUUUUCGCGGAGCACACCGAGCAGGCUUGAUCUUGUGGGCUGUGUGAGGCGCACCUCUCUCUCAGUAUUCAAUGAUGGGUCUACGAACAGACCUUCGCUGUUUGAUGACUUGGGGAGUGAUGAGGAUUUUUAUGAAGAACUACACGUUUCUGGUCACCGCUUUGUUGGAGGGGGCGAGCAGCUGGCAAUAAAUGAGUUGAUAAGUGAUGGCAGUGUGGUAUACGCCGAGGCUCUCUGGGACCAUGUCACUAUGGAUGAUGAAGAACUGGGUUUUAAGGCCGGAAGUGUCAUCGAAGUAAUGGAUGCUACCAAUAAAGAGUGGUGGUGGGGGAGGAUACUUGAUAGUGAAGGAUGGUUUCCAGCCAGCUUUGUUAGGCUCCGUGUCAACCAGGAUGAACCAAUGGAAGACUGUGCUACUAAAGCAGGGGACAAAGAGCAGGAUUCUAGAAAUGUCCCAAGGAGAAACGGUUUUGGGCAGAACAACAAAGAUCAAAUGCGAACGAAUGUUAUUAAUGAGAUCUUAAAUACAGAAAAACAUUAUAUUAAGCACCUGAAGGAUAUUUGUGAGGGCUACAUCAAGCAGUGCCGUAAAAGGGACGACAUGUUUACAGAAGACCAACUAUGGACAAUCUUUGGAAACAUUGAAGAGAUCUACAAAUUCCAAAAGAAAUUCUUGAAAACACUUGAAAAAAGAAUUAACAAAGAUUCCCCGCAUUUGAGUGAAAUCGGCUCUUGCUUUUUGGAAUAUCAAACAGAUUUCCAGAUCUACUCAGAAUAUUGCAACAAUCAUCCUAAUGCCUGCACAGAACUUUCCAAACUCACCAAGGUCAAGAAGUAUGUCCAUUUCUUUGAGACUUGCCGUUUAUUACAGAAGAUGAUUGAUAUCUCUCUAGAUGGGUUUCUUCUAACCCCGGUACAGAAGAUCUGUAAAUAUCCACUUCAGCUGGCGGAACUACUAAAGUACACUAAUUCCCAACACAGAGACUACACAAACGUUGAGGCAGCCUUAGAUGCAAUGAAAAACGUUGCCAGACUUAUCAAUGAAAGAAAGCGGAGACUUGAGAACAUUGAUAAAAUAGCCCACUGGCAAAGUUCUAUAGAGGACUGGGAGGGAGAAGAUAUCCUUGCCAGAAGCUCGGAGCUCAUACAUUCUGGGGAACUAACCAAGAUUUCUCACCUCCAGCCAAAGGGACAGCAGCGGAUAUUCUUUCUGUUUGAUCAUCAAAUUGUUUUCUGCAAGAAGGAUCUGUUGCGACGUGACAUUCUGUAUUAUAAAGGGAAGAUCGACAUGGACGAUAUGGAGGUUCUGAAUGUAGAGGAUGGGAAAGACAAAGACUUUAACAUUACUGUAAAAAAUGCAUUCAAGCUGCAAGGCAAAGUCUCGGAAGAGAUUCACCUUUUCCUUGCAAAGAAACCAGAGCACAAACAGCGAUGGCUACAGGCCUUUGAGGAAGAAAGGAAACAGGUGCUAUUGGAUAAAGAGACAGGUUUCAGCAUCAGUGAAAUACAGAAGAAGCAGGCUAUGAUUAAUGCCAGUAAGCCUCACCCGGCAGGAAAGCCUAAAGGUGUCAAUAGGACAUACUAUGAUUUCUGGAUGAAACAAAAGCACCCCACUCUGCCUGCCAAUCUCCCACAGCAACAAGUCUUCAUGCUUGCCGAACCCAAGCGCAAACCCUCUAAUUUCUGGCAGAAUAUCAGCCGACUGACCCCGUUCAGAAAAUAAAGGACAGCUUUGUGUUCUGCUCGUGCAUCCUGUACAAAGAAAGCACUUUACCCACAGUUGACAAAGUGCCUGUGCCUGGGAGCCCUGUCUUUCCUGUAUAGGGCAUGGCGCUGGCUGGUGUAUUUAUUUUUUACAGAACAGUUGGACAUUCACAACAUAUUUGUUGCUGCCUUUUUUACAUGAUCAGAUGAAUCAUCUGGGAAGUAUUGUUUGUUCUUUUAUCUGUUUCACUCCUCAUAUCAGGAGGUAAAAACAUUGGGUCUGUGGAUGCUCCCGGCAUGCUCAUGCCAAUAAACUGCCUUGGAAUGUGGCUGAGCGGCAGCUGAAUAGGGUGACCGGAGAGGCUGGCUGAAGGAUGCUGGCACCAUGAAACUCCCAUGUUUACUAGGAAAGUGUUUUAUAAGCUCAUUGCAUUGUAAAUACUGACCCUAUGUUUUUAGUGGUUCCGCAGUGCAUUGAUUAGAUUCUAUGUUCAUUGACAAUGUCUUUAGCCCUCACUUUCAUAGCUACUGACAAAGAUGUGGUCCAUCUAAACUAUCUGAACUAAACCAAAAAGUGUCCCUAAAAAUAGUAAAAAUAUUUACUAUAUAUCCUGGGGGGGGGGGGGGGGCAGGUUUCCUUUUGUAGAGCAACCCUGAAGCCUUAUUACUAUUGUCCAACAGCACCAAGGUUGUGUAAAUGACCUCUUAUGUUACAGUAGCCACUAUCGUUCACACAUUGUGUAAGUAGCUUAAUGAAAUGGCAAUGCAUCCCCACCAUAAGUGUCAGCUCUUUGGAAGGAGGAUUGAAGGCAUUAUCCUACUUUUUAGAGCCAAUAUGGUGAAAAAGUGCCAAGCCAAUGUCCUAGUUGUAUCCAUGAUAAGAUUAUUUUCUAAAGUAUAGUUCAACAAUACAAACUAAUACGCGUGCCUAAAUGGACGAUUUUGCUCUAAAAGAUGCUCAAGUUUGGCAUGAGGUUUGUCUGUCAGCAGCUAAGGGGUUAAUAAGCCCUAGUCUGUAACUGAAGGCUCAGAAACCGAUUUGCUGCUUUGUUAUACGUUUCCUUUUGUUAACGAGAAGAAAAAAAUAACAUAAGGAUGUGGGAUUAGAUGUGCCCGUAUUCGGCUGUGCUGCUCAUUCAUGCAAUGCCUUCCGGAGGAGUUCCGUUUCUUUGCCGAAACGGUACUUAUUUACCACAUGACAAAUAACAAUUGCCUUAUGGUACCACAAUCCAAAGCCAUAAUUUUAUUUUAUUUUUUUUUUUUUGAAGAUUCUGGAUACUAUUAUGGCAUUCCUUUGUGACCCUUUAAGUGCCCCAAAGGUUCAAUGUAUAUCAUAGAUUUAAUAGAUCAGAGUCUACUUAUUUAUGGUUCUGUUUUCAUAUUGUACACUGUAUAAAGUUUACCCUUGCACUGUUUAAAACCCAAAAUAGGGUUUUGCAUCUUAUGGAAUAAAGCAUCAGAAAAAUGAUCCCUGGCUGCCAUAUGUUGGUAUUUUAGUGAAUAAACGCUGAGGCUUCAUCAACACAAUCCAGGGCGCUGUGGCCAAGCAAUGCAUCUUUGUGCACACAAACUGAAGGUACCACAUGAAAAACCCAUGGGCAAUAUGGCUAACUGUCCAAUCCUUUAUGUAUAAUUUAAAGGUAAAUUUGUAGUUAUUCUGCAUUUUUCCCCCAUUGCCUAUGACAGAAUUACCCACUAAUCCAGGCUUGCUUAAAGGAACAUAACAGUUACAUUUUACUUAGGGUGCAAAAUAAACACCCCCAGUAGAUUUGGCUUUUUUGCCCUUCAGGAUGCUAUUGUUGAAGGCCGGUUGGUCACAUGCUUUCGUAUAAUCGCCCACAGCCCUCCUAUUGUGUUAUUAUCCUAAAUAGCCAUAUUGACAAGUACCCUUACUCAGCGCCACUGCUCCAGUCCAUACACAAUGUCAGAAGUUAAUUUUGUUUUGAUUCAGGAUCUGAGGGUCAGGUGGGUGUGAGUCAGACCUAGAAUAGAGUCACUACAUGGUGGUCAUGUACUUUCCAAUGCCUGUCUCUUAUAAAGGCAUAGUAAUGCCUUCAACUUGCAUUGAUCCAAAUCUCUAAUCUAUAACCUCUGUGGUGCUCCUCCACUCAACACACCAGGAGUACAUUUCAUGAAAGCAGCACUCCUCCAUCUUCUGCCCCAGGUCAGCACAAGGUAUUGCUCAGAAAUCAGAAGAUGGAAGUGCUCUAACAAACCUCACAUCUCAGCUUAGCUCUUAGAGUCGCUGAGUGUGCCUAACAAAUUGGCACCCCCACCCAGUAAAUUUGCCUUUCAAUGGGCAAAAAAAAUGCCACAACACAGACUUGCUAGAGAAACCACAGUGAGAAUAUUGACAAUCCUCAUUAGUGGCCAUAGGUCCGCUCUGGAGACUGGCACGGUUGAUCCUCCAAGCAUGGGUAGGCAGCACCAUAGUAGUACAAUGCACCCUACUGCAUGGAAAUUAUUUGGGACACUACUGUGAAAUCCUGGAAACUCUUUCCUAAAAGUCACCUGCUUCUUGUAACAUUAUGUGAUAGGGGGAUUAGCCCGAAACCCAUGGGACCCGUGUGGUGGACAAAUCAAACAUAUAUGAGGGUUCAUCCCUGUUGAUGACACUCUUGCACCUACUCCUUCCUCCCCUCUGGUGAUGCCACAGGAGGCGGUCUCAAACAGAUAUGCAGUGGGUUCAGCUCUGGUGUGGGAAACCUGCCCAUCAAUAAUGCUGGCUAACUUUCUGGGCAGUAAACAUUUUCAUUUUGGGAUUGGGGGAAAAAAAAGACAGAAUUAGCAACACAAGUCAAUCUUUAUUCAAAACAGUAUUAAUACAGAACAAUUCUUGUUACAAUAAACGUGCUUUGAAAGAAUUUGAAUCUGAGCUCAUCUAAAUCACAUUAUACAAAAAAGUAUCCAUAAUUGAACCGGCUCAGAAUGGCCUCUCUCCUACCCUCCACAUUCAGAGUAUCUGUCUCAUGUCUAUAUGAUGCUUUGUUUUUGGAAGACAACAUUAACCUAUGUAUAAAAAGUAUGAAAACUGCAUGUAAAGGAAAACUUCUACAAAAAAAAAAAAAAAAAACACAAAAAAUAUGUUCCAAAGCCUAUAGAAAUACACGAGCCUUACGUUUUUAAUUCUAAAUGGAAGGUGGGCAUAGCAUUCACAUACGGAGGUACCGACUACUAAAUCAGAGCCUAGCACAGUCACGUACCAUGUAUUUGCCGGUCUUUGCUUUUCUUUGUCGUCAUUAGUCUUUUCUUGCCAAGUGCAUGUGGCAAUUAAUUUUGUUUGGUUGUUUUCCAAUACAGCAAGGAAUGAGAUCCUGCCAUAUAUUGGUUUCCCUUAUUACCAGGGUAAGUAGGCAAAUUAGCUGCGGUCUCCUACAGCGUCCCUUGCCCAUUGGACCUACCAGGUUUGCAUUUACUGCAGUGUCCCUUUCCCUUUGGACCUACCAAGCUCUCAUUUUUCAUAACAUGCACCUAUGGUCGCUGUUAGGGUUUGUACUAGCUGGCUGGCAUACAUUAAAUAUAGCUGCCAUAAUGCAUUUAUAUGGGAGCUGUGGUGAAAAUUUUUAAAAUACAACUUUCAUCCCAUGGAUUAACAAUCAAUUAACAAUUCUUCCCAGUUUCUGAAAUAAUCAGGUUACUCUUCAGUAAUCCCCUCACAGCAACCUGUCUCCAUUCUUUCAGGAGUUGGAAUCAGAUCUUGACAAAUUAUAUUGGUGUGGGCCCCCCCUAGACAAUGAAAUUGAGCUGUCACAGGAGAGGGGGAUACAGAAGAAUAUUAUCAUUUAUUUCAUUAAGAGUGCAGAUUUUUAAUUCAUAAUAUGAAAAAAAAAAAAAAAA